ACGCUGAAGUAAUAGUUCUUAAUAAGUCUGCCAACAUUUCGGAGAUGUCUGCCAUUAUCUCCGCAGGGGAAGGGGAGAAAAAAAAAACAUGCUGUAAUAAUGUUGAAAUGGGACUAGAGAUGUCAAAUGGGUUGGUUUAAAAAUAUCCCCAAGCUGCCUUUGAAACUAGACGUUGGAGUUGAAUAAAAGUGAAUGUGGGUUUCCUGAAUAGCACCGAGCUCGAGUGUGCUGUCAUAUGUAAGCCAGUCCACCAACUUGAGGCAGAAGUGUUGCGAUUCCAUAAAUACAGUAGGACUCCAUAUGCUGAGUUUUUCAAUUUCUUCUGUUAGAAAGUUUGGGGGGGAAAAGGAAGACUUUGAAGUAUUUUGUUUAUACUAACAGAAGAGAAAAGUUCUCCUAAGAAAAAGCUGGUGGCAGGAGUGUAGAGGAGUAGCAUAUGGCAUUAAGGGAGCACAGCUGGAGGUAGCAUUUCCAUCUGAAGAUGAUGUCAGAGCAGCUGACAGCCUGCCAUCCCUCAGCCUUUUAUUCUAACACACAGACAGGGAGUUAGUGUGUGCGGCUCUGUGCUGGAGAAGGUACCUCAUUCCUCUCCAACAUCAUCUCCACUCUGCAUCUGUCUCUCUUAGUCUGCUUUUUUUCCACCGAUGUAACAGACUGCAGCCAGCAAGACUCGGAGGGAAGGACUUAAUCAAGUUUAUGUGUCCUAAAGGUUAUGAAGACAGUAUGGAGUUUCCAGACCACAGCAGACAUUUGCUGCAGUGUCUGAGCGAGCAGAGGCACCAGGGCUUUCUUUGUGACUGCACUGUUCUGGUGGGAGAUGCCCAGUUCCGGGCACACCGAGCUGUACUGGCUUCAUGCAGCAUGUAUUUCCACCUCUUUUACAAGGACCAGCUGGACAAAAGAGACAUUGUUCAUCUGAACAGCGACAUUGUGACAGCCCCCGCUUUCGCUCUCCUGCUUGAAUUCAUGUACGAAGGGAAACUCCAGUUCAAAGACUUGCCCAUUGAGGACGUGCUAGCAGCUGCCAGUUACCUCCACAUGUAUGACAUUGUCAAAGUCUGCAAAAAGAAGCUGAAAGAGAAAGCCUCCACAGAGGCAGACAGCACCAAAAAAGAAGAAGAUGCUUCAAGUUGUUCGGAUAAAGUCGAGAGCCUGUCAGACGGCAGCAGCCACAUGGCAGGUGACCUGCCCAGUGAUGAAGAUGAAGGCGAAGAUGACAAAUUGAACAUUCUACCCAGCAAAAGGGACUUGGCAGCUGAGCCUGGGAACAUGUGGAUGCGAUUGCCCUCAGACUCAGCAGGCAUCCCCCAGGCUGGCGGAGAGGCCGAGCCACACGCCACAGCAGCUGGAAAAACAGUAGCCAGCCCCUGCAGCUCAACAGAGUCUUUGUCCCAGAGGUCUGUCACCUCCGUGAGGGAUUCGGCAGAUGUUGACUGUGUGCUGGACCUGUCUGUCAAGUCCAGCCUUUCAGGAGUUGAAAAUCUGAACAGCUCUUAUUUCUCUUCACAGGACGUGCUGAGAAGCAACCUGGUGCAGGUGAAGGUGGAGAAAGAGGCGUCCUGUGAUGAGAGUGAUGUUGGCACUAAUGACUAUGACAUGGAACAUAGCACUGUGAAAGAGAGUGUGAGCACUAACAACAGGGUACAGUAUGAGCCGGCCCACCUGGCUCCUCUGAGGGAGGACUCGGUCUUAAGGGAGCUGGAUCGGGACGACAAAGCCAGCGAUGAUGAGAUGAUGACUCCAGAGAGCGAGCGGGUCCAGGUGGAAGGGGGCAUGGAGAGCAGUCUGCUUCCCUAUGUCUCCAAUAUCCUGAGCCCUGCCGGCCAGAUCUUCAUGUGCCCCCUGUGCAACAAAGUCUUCCCCAGCCCCCACAUCCUGCAGAUCCACCUGAGCACGCACUUCCGCGAGCAGGAUGGCAUCCGCAGCAAGCCUGCCACCGAUGUCAAUGUGCCCACGUGCUCCCUGUGUGGGAAGACUUUCUCCUGCAUGUACACCCUCAAGCGUCAUGAGAGGACUCACUCCGGGGAGAAGCCCUACACGUGCACCCAGUGCGGCAAGAGUUUCCAGUACUCGCACAACCUGAGCCGUCACGCCGUGGUGCACACCCGUGAGAAGCCCCAUGCCUGCAAGUGGUGCGAGCGAAGGUUCACGCAGUCCGGAGACCUGUACAGACACAUCCGCAAGUUCCACUGUGAGUUGGUGAACUCCUUGUCGGUCAAAAGUGAAGCACUGAGCUUGCCCACUGUCAGAGACUGGACCUUAGAAGAUAGCUCUCAAGAACUUUGGAAAUAAUUUUAUAUAUAUAUAUAUAAAUAAUAUAUAUAUAUAUACAUAUAUAUACAUAGAUCUCUAUAUAGUUGUGGUACGGUCUAAAAGCAGUCUUGUUUCCUGGAACUGAAAAGUUGGGAUCUUAACUUGUUUUUGCACUUUAGAAUAAUAGCAUGAGAAUCUCACUAAUUUAGCAUCUGAUAAAAGAAACUAGAGCAAGUCACAAGUAGAGAGCUGUCUUUCUUUUGAGGGUUAGGCCAAGUUAGCCAAUAAAACCUUCUCAACCAACGGUUCUGUCACACAACGCUUUCACAUGGCUUACUUUUGUACACACUGCAUUGUCUUGAGCGCUUUCCCUGUGCUCCACACUGUUUUGUUUUGUUUUGUUUUCAGAGUAGAAAUCCCCUCCAGUUUAUUAGCCUCUUUAUAUGUCUCAAAUUGCAUGAAUAUUUUCUGGCUGUUGGAAACCUGAAUGCUUUUAGACCCAAAUGGAAAAUUUCUGAAAUGCUGGAUUAUCUAUUUUUAAACAAGCAGUUGACUUAAAACUUUCUGUGGCAACUUCUGGUUUUCUGAUGGUCCCCAGUGAGAGAAAUCUGACAGUACACUGGGUCACUGGGGCUGUCUCUGUGAAGGUUUGCUUGAGAUGAAAAAGGAUAUUGCAGCUUCAGCAGUGUUGAACUGUGUGUUUAAAAUGUGAAUUACUGUUCUUGUAUACUGUAAUUGAUUACACGGGCUGGGGGGGUGUCAAAGAACUUGACAGGUUGUGUUGAUGCUCUUAGUUGAGUCUUGAAAAGUAAAUAUUAACGCUACAGAAAUGCAUGAGUUUCAAUAUAUUUUUUGUCUUUGUUUGCAUUGUAUAACUUUAACGAGUGAGUUUAAAAUUAUUUAAUUUCCUUAGAAAAAAAUAGCACCAUUUGGGAAAAAAACUGGUGUUACGAAGAACAUAAAUGCACUGUUUUUAUUUUUAUUUUUAUUUUAUAUAAUUUAAAUUGACUUUUCCCACGUCUUUAAGUUUGAAACUGUUAAGCUGAAUAAAAACUUAAGCUGCAAAUUGAUAACUUCGCUACAUUACAAGGAACAUAUAAAUGUUUACAAACGGCUUAAAGAAUUGCAUGUGCAGUGUGCAUUCAUACCACACUUGUAAUUGCACAGAACCCAUGCCAGCUCAGAGUUUAGGUGUACACACGUACCCAGCCGAGUGUUUUUAGAAUAACUACUGCACAAAUUGACAAUAGGUCAUAGGUCAUUCUCUCUCUCUCCCUCCUUUUUGCUUCCCUUUUCUUUUUCUCCCCUAUUUCCUCUCCUUGCCCCUACCCCCUAACUCAUGAAAAGAUUCUAUGGACUGAAAAAGCCCCAGGCUGAAAGGACUGAGCCGCCUUGAUUGACAUGGGGAAGGGGUUAGUAGACUGUGUAUCGGCAGCAGAGGCUGCAGCCCGACGUGUGGUUCUGAUGGCCAGCGCACAGGGCAGAAGCAUUUUGCACACUGUUUGUUUUCCUGUCUUGCACUUACAAAUAAGGUCUAUGGGAGUAGCAUGGAAAACGGUUGUUGUUUUUCCCUUUUUCUUUUUUAAUUGCUUUUGUUUAAAAAUUUGAUCGCCUUAACUACUGUAAACAUAGCCUAUUUUUGUGCUUAAGAUACUGAAUGGAAAACUCCAUUGUGUGUUGCUGGACUGUUUUGGAAAUAUUUGGUCAAACGUAUGUUAAUUUGGCUGUAAUGGCAUUUAAAGCAAACAAACAAACAAACAAAAAAAAGCUGUGAAAAUGGCCUUGGAGCAUUAUCUUUAGUUACUUGAAGAGUUUCUAGUUUUUUUUUUUAAUACAGUUUAUGUUAAAAUAAUCUUUAUUAAUUUAGAGAAGACAAUCAAUGUCUGUGAAAGAACGGACUUUUUUGGAUUUUUUUUUUGUGGUCAUUGUGAGUGAUUGCUUUUUCUUUUUCUUAGUUUCACAUUCUUCCUUUGUUCUAAAUCUUAGACUGACAUCUAGCUUUGACAAUCAUAGUAUGUUUUAUUUCCUGAGGGGGAAUAACUUAUAAUGCUGUUUAGUUUUGUACUAUUGGUGUGUUGGUGAAUUUUUAAACUGUGUGCUAACUGCAAUAAAUUAUAUGAACUGAGAA